UUUACAGCGUGUAAAACAGUGUGCUGGGCGUUUGAGUGGACCGAUAACAAUUUGCUUCGCAACUAUAUUUCGUUGUUGGCAAAUUUGCGAAAUUUCAAUAUAUCUAUGUUCGUUCGGCUCAACCAUAUAGCUUCUUAAUCCUUAAGUCGGCUUCGAGCACCAGUAUUGGGAUAAGGCCCGCAGGUGCCGAACGUGGAAGCCGUUGUUUUGUUUAGUUCUUCUCAUUACUGCAACUUGACCAGUGAAAUGCAUCCGGAUAUUAACAGAAUGAUGUUCUUCCUCGUGAGCGUCGGCCUUGUUGCAUCAUCCGAGGCUUUCUUCCUGAAGUGGGGCUCGGAACCUUCACAACCAACACAACAGAAGACAUGGCUGCAACCGAUGUCACCUAAUAUUUCGCCGGCCAUCCGCUACCAAUAUACGUACACGCCUUAUGACUCGCGCAAGAUGUAUCAGAUGCAAGCACCACAAUACCAACCUGAGCUUCAGAUGCAGCAGAGCAUGGCACCUAUCCCCAUUAGUAUUCCGGCCGGUGCAAGCCUGACGCCUGUCUCUUUGCAACACGUUCAACUUGUGCCCUGCAUGUGCCCAGUAGCUCCUGAAGAGGCGGAGAAGCUGCAAGAACAAACCGGCCCCGGUCCGUACGUAGCACAAACCUACACGCCCGCGUCAUACCCUGUGGCACAGCAAGUUCCCGUCGCACAAGAUAGCUCGAAGACAACGAACAAACAAUAGCUUCAAAAUUCCCACCAAUGGUUCUACCUUUUUAUGUGUAAUUUAUUUCAUUUAAUUACUAAUAGUUCACAUCAGCAGCAUGUAAGUGAAAACCGCUAAUGCAUCUCUUUGUAAACAUGGAAUUAGUUCGUAAAAAGAGUUCAUUGUCGCUAUUAUGUUACGCGAGAGUCAUACAAAUUGUUUAAUUGGCGUAGGUUAGAUAUGUCGUGGAAUAAUAAAACUAGAUUUAAGAUUUCAGUCCAUUCAUAAUUUAUAUAUAUACAUAAUUUUGAAGACUGAUUUGUAAUGAGACUGGAUACAUUUAAUAUAAGAUUGAUUGAGA